CGAAGAGCGAGAGAGCGACAGAACAGAGAUGGGAGGCUGCGCCGUUUGCUCCUACCUUCUCCUCUUCCUCCUCUCACUCAUCCCACUCCUCUUCCUCUCUUCGAGCCAACAACAGCAGACGAGUCCUUUCAAAGGUCUCCAAGAUCAGGAUUUUAGGGCAGUUCUGGCCAUGCUAGUCCCCAUUUCUUAAGAGUUGGCAGAGAGGAAGUUGUCGAGAUUGUCGCCACCUUAGCAAGUCUUAGGAACAGGUUUCUGAUAAGUGGCUUAGAACUUGGUUGAUCGGCUUUCCAAAUCAAGCAGAUCAAAAUUAUCAUGUGCCUGUAUGUCAUGAUUUAUAUGAUGGAUCUUGGGCAGGGGUCGAAGAGAAAACAUCUUAGCAGAACUCUCCCUUCAAAAAUAUCCUCCCUGUAUUCUUUUUUAGAUUUUGCAGAAUCUAUUAAAACAUCAUAAAGGAACGGCAAAGAAAGGGAAGUGAUAAUAUGGGAACAGUUUUCUCCACAUUGUUGAAAGAUGUUAAUCUUGGAAACCCAAUGGUACAAUUUGUUCCAACAGCCCAUGCUGGAUAUUUGUGUGAGCGAGUUCGCAUCACUAGCAUAUCAAGGUUAAGCCUCGGGAGCUAUGCCAGUUCUAGACGUGUUACAUUGAAAGUUUCAGAAGCACUACCUGAAAGACUUCAUGGAAAACUUGAGGUUUGCUUCCACUGGAACAUUUCUCUUGGAUUGUGCCAAUGUGAGAUGGAUGAAUGGCAAACUCUUCAAAAGGGUCAAUGGAGUGCUGUGAUAUCACCCUAUGAAAACCGAUACAUUGAUGUUAAUUUUAAGGAUAAAACAUCUACUUCGUGCACAAUCUCCAUUGAGGAAGAGUUUCAACAGUGGCGUUUGGCUUUCCUUGGUUUUGGAUUUCUUCUGCUGCUUUCAGCACCUUUUAUAAGUAACUGGGUGCUGUUCUACUAUAGCAGUUCAAUGGCUUUAGGGAUUCUGCUUGUUGUUUUGAUUAUUCUGUUUCAGGGGAUGAAGUUACUACCCAUGGGCAGGAAAAACAUCCUGUAUUUAACUAUUUAUGGAUCAGUGCUUGGUGUCGGUUCCUAUAUUGCCCACUAUUUCUCCACAGUGGUCAGCUCCAUUCUUGUGAAUUUUGGGCUGAGUGAAGAGAUGCAUAACCCUGUUUCAGUUUUUCUAUUAGUAGGAAUUAUCUUAGCAGGAGCAGCUUUAGGAUACUGGAUUGUGCGGAAAUUUGUCCUUUCAGAAGAUGGCAAUGUCAAUGCUGGUAUAGCCCAAUUUGUGAAAUGGGCAAUGCGCAUUAUUUCUGUGGUAUUUGUUUUCCAGAGCACCCUGGACGCUCCUUUGGCACUGGCUGUGUUGGUUAUUUCUUGGAGCAUUUGCUCCCUCAUCACUUCGGUAAGGUGGCAGUGUGCAUCAACAAUCUUUUCAUGUAGAAGGCAAACACGAUUGGUGAAAGGAAGUUCAAGGCAUCAAGGGUCUCAGCAAACAUCUGCUAGUAACAGACAUGCUGAAUUCUUGAGUCGCUCAACUAAGAAGGAUAGAACCGUGUUGGUGACCUCUAGUCCAUAUUCUUGGUCCAACUUGCCCACGAAAGGCAAUGUCUACUCAUCCCCCUACAAGAGAAUGGCACAUCAAUUUGAGGACUACUACUCGACCUACCAUAGGAUGCCCACACGCAAGUUCUCGAAGAAAGAGUGGGAGGACUUCACAGGUGAAUCGACCAGGGAAGCAUUGACUGAUUGGGCAUCAACCCCUGAAGUCGCCAAAUGGGUAGCUGAUAAUGCUCAGCGCAUGCAGCUCAAUCCAGACAGCAGCUCUGAUGAUACUAUGGAGAGCUCCUCAGGCUCCUCAGAAGAAACUGCAUUGGAGAAUGGCAGCACGCUUGGCCUUUUCAAGUGGGGUUGAACUAAGCCUGUCGUAGUCUGCAACAUACUGGAACAGAGAUUGAUCUGGAUUAGCUAUAUUCUCUCUCUCUUCUUUUUUUUUGACUAAUCUUGAAAGAAAUUUAGGUUAGUAUUACUGUCUUUUGACAAGCUGGUCGCCAGUUGCCAAUUUUGUUCCCUCUGAUUUUUUUCUGUCAAGGGCUGCACUGGUAAUCUAGCUUGAUAACAAAUAGGAUUAUGGCUAGGCUUCUUGCAAUGGUAUGACUACUUUGUUUGCUUUGUAGUAUUUAUCGCUACCACUGUGAGAACUUUCUACUGGUACAUUAUUAUACAAGAUUAGGGCUAGGUAUUGUCGUUGCUUGUGUUGUAGGCUGCCACUAAUAUUACCACUACUAGCAGAUCAUCAUGUUAACGACUAAUGGUAAACCUCUUCUGUUGGAUGACUUUGUCGGUAAUUUGAUCAAGCAAAGUUCAUAUA